CUGCAAACGACACGGCAGCUUCGUCGUGUGGGUGCGUACCGUACGUGCCCAGCUUUCUUACGGAGUCGACUUCCGCAGUAAUAGGAGACGAACUUCCGUUGUUGUUCACCGCCGUGGGUUUUGAGCAAGAACCAACGCAAGACAGCUUCGAACCACGGGAAUCAGUUUGGAGUGGGUCGUUGAGCGGGUGACAGACAUUUCUUGCAAACCGUAUGCGACCGUGCAAGAUUGUAGUGCGAUAAUUUGGCUAAUAAGAAUGAUGUUUGAGUGUUUUGAAACGGAAGCAUCAAUACGAAACCGGUAUGAUGAUACGGUGUGAGUUUUGAAAAAAUCUAGUGGCAUCAACAGUCUAAGCUUGUCCCAGGAAGUGCACAAAUAUUUGGUAUUUGUGAAUUGUUUUAAAAAAAAUCUGCAAAGUGGAAAAUUCAACUGCAGAAUUGAUUUGUUCAUCCGUGUGGUGCUAAGUGAUCAAUAGUGGAUAGUUUCCUCAAAAUCUGAUCCGAAAAUACACGGUCUAAUAAUGUUUUCCCGAUUCUGCAAGAACAGCAUCUUCCCGAGUGGAACUUCGACGUCGAGCAGUCCUUCCUCUGGGACGGCAUCUCCAUCGUCUUCGUCGUCGUCAUCGUCAUCAUCGUCGUCGUCGCCAUUCUCAACUUCCAAUCCUACAUCGGCACCCGGUAGAUCAACGGUUGCAAGUACCAGCUCAUCCCGACGACACUUGAUUCUCCCACUACCGGUGCUUCCACCGAGAUCUGUGGUUCAGAUAAGACCCGAACCCCCACCACCGUACUGGGCCCACUAUCGACAUCGGCCCGUUGUUCCGGCACCGGCAGCCGUCGUAAAUCCUCCUCCAGUUCCAUCUGCGGAUUACACCAGCAACAGCCACAGUAGCAUUUCCUCCACGGAAAGUGAGGGUGCCACCGUUGCGGCCAAUAAUGUGCUGCGUGGUUCAUCGUCACCAGCGGCGGUGCAAACCAAUCGACGGGGCGGUGCCUUGGAACGCAUCCCAGCAGGGUCAGCUAGGCAGCAACGGUACAACAUUGCACACCAAGCACAGCACCAACGGAUCAAAGAGCACUUGUUGAGUCAAGAUGCAUUUUGUCCGGACCUGGUACGUAAUUGCAAGAUUGUCAGAGACUCACAACCCGGACGAAACUCCCCCGAGCCUGAACCAGUACCCAGCACUAGUAACGAUCAAGACGUCUACGUAGAAAUAGAGGAACUGCACCAAAGUCUGUCAUCCGCACACAUCGUGACCAAACCCAAUGCAGAAAGCACAACCGGAACACCCACUGAUACAAAUAAUCAAAGCGCUUCGACCACGACGACCGUUUGUGAUAUGGGUCAAAACCUGAGUAUCCGAAGACCGAAGAUAUCACUCACAUGGGUCCUACGUGAACAGUCACAACAAGAGCAGCAACAGCAGCAGCACCAACAAUCGAUAGGUCAAACAAACGGAAAUCCUCAUACUCAUUCACAAAAUCAGAACCACGUGACAGAAUCCCGCCGAAAUUCACCUGUGAAGGCGAUCAUCGGUAACGGCACGGCACCUGUUCAUCAAGCAAAUACUACAACCGGUAGCCACGUCCCUGUCCGGAAGAAAUCGCGCACACGCAGCAAGGAACGCUUGUUCAGUGAGAAGUACGUGAGCGAUAACAAUCUGACAGAGUAUCAUAAUGGAAAACUGAAAGCCACUGUGCUGAAUGGAACCUCAGGGCCCGCAUCCAACGAACUGCAUGGUAGCAAUAAUCACAAUGGCAUUUAUCGCAAAAGUAAUCGAAGCUAUCGGAAGAAUAGUGACCGCCUCAAGAAAAAGGAACGUUCCCUUGUCUACCCGAGUUUAAUUCAAAGUGAAACCGUCGAUGUUCUACUCAACAAUAAGAACAACAACAACAAUAAUAACAACAGUAUUAUCAUUAAUCUUAACCAGGAAGACCAGCUGCAGAAAGAGCAAGCUUCGCUUAGUCUGAAAAACACUUACUCGGAACCUUCACUUUAUACCACCGUAUCGGAGCCAACAGCCUCCAAGAAACAUCGACACCGACGCCGCCGGGAACGCUACCGUUCGCAACGGUUCGGAUACGAGAUUCAAAAUGUCGACGAGUUUCUAUCGAAAUGUUCACUGUCUGCCCCGGGCAACAUACCGGUGGUACUGUCAUCGGCGGCCACCCUCUACCAGACCCGCCCCGGUAGCUAUCAGAUCGAAAUACCGCUACCGCUGGGGAUGGUCGUCAAUGCCGUGUUCAAAAACCAAAACUGGCUCUACGUUCAGACGCCCCACGCCGAGGAGGGUUAUGUGGCGUACGAGACGUGCCUGCCGCUGGGUAUCCUGCCACCAAACCAAAGAUCAAGCUCAACGUCCAAGCCGACGCCAUGCUGGGAAUCGAACAAAGAUGUCUUUCCUCGCCCGAGCGGCAACCUGACGGAUAGCGAGAAAGAAAUUCAACAGCUCCGAGGUGGCACUCGUUCCGAAGGUCGUCGAACACCGCGGUUGAAACGUGGCGGCACCAAUAGCCGAAGCAUCACAUCGAUCACCUGCAAUAGCGAGAAGAACUUGGACUCCUUGUACCUGCGGGUGGCAAACCAGCCCAAAUCGCUCGACUCACAAACUCAAUUUGCUCAACUUAAACUUACAACUAAGGUGCUUAACGGAACCGGAAAGCCGGAAAAAGCCUUCAUCGCUAUGGCUGAUCCGGAGAAGUCUUCCAAUGGAGAUUACAUUCAGCUACAGAAGCAGCAGAAUCCAUACCAUCACCAUCACCAUCACAAGAUCCUUGCGACGACUGGGAGUGGAUGCAGUGGCUCAACCAACAGUGUCAUCAAUGGAGGACAUUACCAUAAGACUGUAAACAAUAUUAGUUGUAGUAGUACUAACAAUAAUAGCAGCGUUAAAAAUAAUAGCCCUAAGAUAGUCACCAAUGGUAACAGUAGUAAUAUACGAUCUGCCACCGCCGUCCGGCAAACCCUGCUGGCAAUCACCGACAACUACUGCUCGGAAUCCGUAAUUGUACAGAAAGGUGAUGUGGUUACUCUGCUUGCCUGCAAGGAGUAUCAAGAGAAAGGACCCAAGAAUGUUAAACAGUGGUUUUUCAUUAGAACUCGUGACGGACACGAAGGAUAUAUUCCGGCGGAAAUUGCAGGGCAUGGUUUUCUCUAGGAUUAGAAGUUUAAAAGUGGCAUGUUCCAUGACAGUUUGGUACGUGAGUUUCAGCGAAGUUGUAUAAAUUUUAAGAUGACGUUCAAGUGCAGAAAGAUAAAUAUUAACCUAAGCAGUUAUUUGUUCUAAACCAAAUGGUAUUUAAAUUAUAAUUCCAAAUAAAAAUAAA